UUCGUCGCGAAUGUCUUCUAUCUUGAUCCAUUAUUAUUCUCUCUCCUUAUCCUUGCCGGCGUCCCACCUUUUACAGUCAUAGUCUCCGGCGAGAUGCAGAGAAGCGAGAGGAGGAGUAAGAGACAGUCCAUGCCUCUUCUGAAAGUUCUCGGCCUCCACGAACCUCCAUACCUGAUGCGAUCGGGGGAGGAUUACGAGACCAACACGAAAUACGAGGGUUUCCUGGUGGACAUGCUGGACCAGUUGGGGAAUCUGGUCGGCUUCGAGUACGAGAUCGACAUGGUCAAGGACGGUAACUAUGGAAGCUACAACAACGCGACUCAGACCUGGAAUGGACUCAUUGGAGGAAUCAUAGCCGGAGAAGCAGACCUGGCAGCAGCUCCUCUCACGAUCACGUCGGGUCGUUCGGAUGCGGUUGUCUUCUCGAAGCCCUGGAUGUACACUGGCAUAAGCAUUCUCUACAAGCAUCUUCCCGUGGACUCCGGUAGUGGAUGGAUGUUCCUGCGUCCCUUCACAUUGUCCACGUGGAUAGCCGUGGCAAUCAUGUACGUGGCCGUGUCGUUAGCGUAUUGGGUAGUGGCCAGGUGCUCUCCCGAGGAGCGGCGGAGGUCCACAGAGAGCGGAGAACCUGUCUUUGGCAUCUUCAAUACCUUUUGGGCCGCCUUCACUCCUCUUCUCCUAAGGGGGAAUCAGGAAAUGCCGCAGGCCCUGUCAACGAGACUCCUGACGGGGAUCUGGUGGUCUUUCUCCUUCCUCAUCCUCGUCCUCUACAGCUCGAUGGUGGCGAAGGAGUUCACGACGGGGCAUUAUAGACCCAAGGUUUCUUCCUGGAAGGACCUUGCCGAUCGAGCCGUCAAUUUCGGGGCCAUCAAAGGGGGUUCCACGCAACGGUAUUUCAAGACGUCGCAGAUUCCCGAAUACCAGAAGAUCGCCGAAUAUCUGGCUUCGCACCCGGAACUCUCAUCCUCGAACUUAGAUGAAGGAGUGGAUCGGGUGCUAAAGAAUCCACCCUGUUCGAACUGGACGGAUAAAGUGAACAAAGGAAUCUUGCAGCUCCAAGAACAAGGUGCCCUGCAAGCUCUUUACAUGAAAUAUUGGAAGGAUCGCUCCAAGUGCCCUGACACCACUAAGCAGUUCGACCAGCCUCAACUAGACUUACCUCAUCUAGGUGGGAUCUUUGUAGCGCUAGGAAUCAGUAUAUUCCUGGCUCUUCUGAUCGCCUUCGUAGAAGUGUUUCUCUACGUCCGCAAAAGAGACUUGACUCAGUCCCUGCGCGAGGCACUGGUUGGCGAAUUUCGACAAAUCUUCGGUCUCGCCGGUUCAUUGCCUUCUGAUCGACAAGUGCUGACCGAAAACUCCUCAUGAAGUAUCGGACAUCAAGUAGUUUCCAAAAAUCGUCUCACUUUCUUGCUGUUGUUGACAAUACAUGUACUGUUUUAUGCUACUGGAUGGAAGAAACUGGGCCGUUGCGAAGGUCUUAGGCCUACUCAAGUUGUGAGAAAACGUAUGAAAAAGUAGGAUAUUAAUUAUACUGAAUACGUCAACUACACAUUGUAGAGAAAAGAUGGAUUAAACUAAACUAGAAACAGGUCUCUGCUCCCAAGCUCUUGCACCAGUGUUAUGACAGUAGUUAUUUAGGCUAGGACUGACAAAGGCGUCCACAACGCAGAGAUUCAAAGCCCCAGAGUUCUUUAUCUAUAGAAAGUCGAUUUUACAUCCUUCAUAACGUCCCAGUCUCUCCGGCCCCAGUCGAGUGAAACUCGUCUCAUCGAAUUUCGCAGAUCUUAUUCAAGAAACUGAUAUGAUGAUGGGAAGUAUCCAACGAAUUGAGCAAAAAAUG